AUGGCCGAGCUGAACCAGAGACUGCCCCAGGAACCCAAUUGGAAGGAGCAAUUGAAGCGUGAGAUCAUGGAGGACGUCAAAAUGCAAAUCAAGGGAAUAACACAAGAAAUAGUGGCAGAGCUCAAGCCGCUGCUGCAGACUGCUUCUCCACAACCCAGCCCACCUAAUCCAACCAGGACUAGGCAGUCCACACCCUCGGACAUCUCGGUACAACGACCGAGAUGCACAAGGCUUAGAGCGGCAAAUGGGCUAGAGAUACCAUACACUGGCUAUGCAGUGCUUGACCUAGAGGUUGAGGGGGUCAAAGUCCCUGAGCGAGGGGUGGUGAUUGUAGAGGAUGUGAAGUGCACGCACCCAUUCAUUGUAGGCAUGAAUGUUAUCAUGGCCUGUUGGGACACACUAUUUAAAUGCCCUGCCACGUCGUCUCGACUGCCCCAGUUUAAAACCCAGAAAGUGUGGAGAGAUGCAUUUGCCACUUGCCGCCAUAUUGAAGUUUCCCCUGCAGAAGACGGGCUGGUUGGUUUUGUUAGAUUGGCUGCAAAAGGCAAAGUUGUUGUCCCUCCAGAGAGUGAGAUGGUGGUGUGGGGCCGCACAAAGAGGAAUCCAGUCGGAAUAGGACAUUGUGCCCUUGUGGAGCCGCUGCUUGAUGUGGGCGCCAGUGAUGUUGGGGUUGCAAGAGCUCUAGUUGAAGUUAAACAAGGUAGAGUGCCAGUGCGUGUUUGUAAUCCACACCCCUAUAACAUUACCCUAGGGCGGUUCAGUAAAUUAGGCCGACUGUAUCACAUUGAGGAAGCGGAUGUGCAGGGCCCCCAUAGUUUGUCCCUCUCCCUGGAGGACGACGGGGUUGUAGUAGUCACCAGAGUAGAGGUUGGUGCAGCUUCCCCUAGCCGCCCAGGACAAUCUGAAGGGACUAGCAUGUUGAGAAACAGACCUGACCUUUCUGACCAACAGCAGAGGGAGCUAAAGGCCCUGCUGCAGAAGUGGGAACAAGUUAUUUCACAGCACGAGGAGGAUUUUGGUCGGACUAACCUAGUGCAGCAUCAGAUUCUUACAGGCGAUGCUGCCCCCAUUCGGGAAAGGUACCGGCCAAUCCCACCCAUGCUGUACAAAGAGGUGAAGACCCUCCUCUCGGGGGCGGAGCUGGACCGCAAGCAGGAGACGGUGCCUGACUCUCGAGGGACGCAGCGGCAGGGUGGAUCCCUGCCGUGUGUGUAA